UUUUCGAGAAGAUGCAAUCCGCAAAUUGGAUUCACUGCAAUAAAUGUUACGCAAGGUAUUCGGAAAACCUCAAGUUUUAUAUCACCAAUUGCGGCCACUUGAAUUGCGAAAGUUGUACCAACAAAUUCGUGAACAAUGGUAGCAAAUGUUUGAUUUGCCAGCAAUCAGCACGAACGAUUCUGCUGUCUGAUGAUAUGAACAACGAUGUGCAGACUUAUUUCACACCAAUCAAUGAGCAAUUCGGAAAGUUAUCUAAUGUUGUAAGUUUCCAAAUGAAGAAUCACAAUUCGUUGUUGAAGAAUAUGUUGACGAAAUAUAAUUUCGCGAAGAACGAGAUAAUGAAGUCCUACAAAACCAUUAAUGAUUUGAAGAAGGAGAUUUUGAGGCUUCGGAUGUUGUUGAAGAACCGCACCUCGGAUGUGGGAUCGGCUAUGUCCGUGCAACUGAACCACAACAUUAUGUCACCGCAAUCGGUCAACUCCACUCUGAACGCCUCAUCCAAUUAUGGACCGAUGAUGGAUCAUCACAUGGGACCUAAAAACUUAGCACACAUGAAGUUGUCAAGAGCGGCGUCGAACCAGCAGAUUAAUAGGAAACCAGUGCCAGUUCAUAGCAACAUCAACAACAAUAACAUUGGUGGUGGUCGCCACAUGGGAGAGAUGAUGCCUAUGGCGCAACUAAAUUUGGGUUUUCCAUCCAAGUAUAAUACCCAAAAUCCCUAUAAUAUGUACAAACGUUAAUUAGUUUAAAUUUAGAAUAAGAAACGGGACGUGCAAUGACACACAGGUCGACUUCCUGGCUUUUCAAAAUUCCAACUAAAUAAAAAAAAAAAUAAGAAACAACAACCCUGAUGUCAUUGAACGUCCGCUUAAUUAUAUUUAAAAAUAUUCCAUUUUGAUAAUACACACUCAUACACACACUCUCACACAUUUAGUUCUUCUUUUGUUGCUUUUUUUUUAUAUAUAAGUAUUCGAAAAUUAUGUAUAUCAAAAAACGAAACGAAAUGUUAACAAUUGGGAAUAACUUUACAUACAAUUAUGAUUAGAAGUUCAUGUACAUUCUUUUAGUUUUGAAACAAUUGAUAAUUUUUGUAUUUUUUUUUUAGAUACACGACGAGUGUUAAAUUAUUCGGUGACUAGAAUUGUUCGCUUUCUAAAUUAUAAUGGUUAUGAACUAUAUUUUUUUUUAGUAACUUAAAAAGCAUAGGUAGUCAAGGUCAGAACUCGGGUAGUUUCGAGUUCUCUGAUCCAUCAUUUGUUAAAUUAUAGAUAAAUAUAUUGGUUAGUGCUGUAUGCUAUAACCGUUCCAAAAUAAACUCGUUUUCUUUCGUUCACAUAGACAACUUUACUAUUUUCAUGAUUAUAUAUAGAGUGAAAAAACUAUUGAGGAAAAUAUUGUUGUUUAGAAUCAUAGCAGAAAUUUGUUGUUACUAUAAUUGUUGUUGGAAAGGAAUGUGAAGAUUUGUUAUAAAUAAUUGUAUCAAUAAAACAAAUAUUUAAGUUGUAAAUGGCGAGAGUGGAAAAGUAAGUGUUACUAAAGCGAAGUGUCCCCAAGUGAGGAAUGAAAUUUUAAUUUGUCCUAAAAGUCGUAACAUCCCAUGAACCAAAUUAAUUAGGCUUAAAACUUUCCUCGGCUUUCCUCUCGUUUUAUUUUCAGUCUAUCCUCGCAGAAUCCCCAAUGUGAAAAGUUGACUUCUUUACAUAUCCAUUUUUUUUCGUCUGUUUUUCC